AUGGCGUCGACAACCAUCACAUUGGUGGUUCAGCCUCGAGGAAAACCCAUCAGGAAGCUCCCGAAAGAACUUCAAAUCGGCCCCAAUGCUACCACCCAGGAGAUCUAUGACGCCCUGGCCAAUGCCUCGGGAUUCUCCGUUCACCGUUUGAGAAUUACCAAGGGGAGCGACCGCACAGUUGUUCCUAACUCGAAAGCGACCAGUGUCGAUGAUAUCGGACUCAAGAAUCAGAGUGUGGUUCAUGUCAAGGAUUUAGGUCCUCAAAUCGCUUGGCGCACCGUCUUCAUCAUCGAAUAUCUCGGCCCCCUUCUCAUCCCUGCUCUCUUCCUGUUCCCUCUGCGCCCAUACAUCUACUAUAACUUUGACCAACCCCUUCCCGAACCUUCCGACCUGCAGUUACUCGUCUGUGGCCUUUUGAGCAUCCACUUCGCAAAGCGCGAGCUCGAGACGAUCUUCAUCCACCGAUUCAGCAAUGCCACAAUGCCCGCCCGCAACAUCUUCAAGAACAGCGCCCACUACUGGGUCCUGGCCGGCUUCAACAUCGCGUACUGGGUCUUCCGCCCAGACGCUUCGGCUGCCACCAGCAAACCCAAUCUGGCGCUCCUCUACAGCGGUCUCGCCCUCUUCGUCUUCGGUGAACUGGCCAACCUGAACACGCACCUGGUGCUGCGCGGUCUGCGGCGGCCCGGUACCACCGAGCGAGGUAUCCCGUCCGGCUUCGGUUUCAACUUGGUGACCUGCCCCAAUUACCUCUUCGAGAUCAUUGCCUGGCUUGGUGUCUACCUGGUCAGCGGACUGAGCUGGAGCGUGCUCUUGUUCAUCGCCGUUGGCGGUGCGCAGAUGGCUAGCUGGGCAGCCAAGAAGGAGCGUCGGUAUCGCAAGGAGUUCGGUGACAAGUAUAAGCGCAAGAGGUCAGUCCUCCUUCCCGGCAUCUUCUAG